UUCAUGUUUUCAUAUGUUAAUGAGCCUGGGAUUGGACACCGAGUCUAUUGCGCAACACCCAACUAUAUUUCUAUGAAUUAUUCUGGAUAUAAUGACAACAAAUUACAUAGUCUAGUGGGCGUAUUCACAAUAUAAUCUGGUAAUGAAAUAGCAUGACAAAUACAUGUUGUCAUCCAAGGGGCUUGAAGUAGCCUAUGUGAACUAGAAUUUGGAGCUCAGAAAUUCAAGUCCUGUAAUAGGCCUCCCUUUUCCUCAAUUUGGUGCUUGAAAAGUUCUUGUAAUUAUUGUAGCCAAUUGAUCAAUUCUCCUGCUCCCUUACAAUUAUCUGUGAUUUCAUGUUUGCGAAGUUUUUGUCAGAGAUAUGGCCACUUUCAUUUGUUUCCUGUCGCUUCAAUUGAAGGGUGUUACGCUACUCUUUUGCGGUAAAACAAUUUUGCGGUUAUUAUAAGGACGACACCUAAUGUUGGCUUCAACUUGGCAUUCCAUACAAAUCCAUCCAAUUAAAAGGGGAACUGGUCACUUUCUCAUGAUAAAAACAGCGAUUGUGAGAUUCAAAUGGUGAGAUUAAUGCUACCGAGAUUCAUUGCUUUAUAAUGUCUACCUGCGUAGGCCACAUAGGAUACAGAAAAAUGGCCAUGCAUCCAAAUGAUUUAGUCAGGCAAUAUCCACAUUAUUCUCACAUAUUUUAGAAUGUCAUAAUCAUUUGAAUAUCGAUGCAUUGGCAAGGCCCAAAAAAUGCAUUAUUCUUAAAGUGAUAAUGGCAGGUUUCUAUCCAAUUUGUGAAAUACUUUCAUGCUAAUAUUCUAAAAUCUGCAUAAACCAUUCAAUAUUCAUAAAAUCGGCACAUUUUAAGAUUUAAAUGUAUCACCUUGUACUUUCCCUACCCUGUGAAGUUCAUCAUCAUUUCUUUCAUCUGUAGCCUAGUAAACUGUAUGCUUUCCCCGACGAGUCGUAGGGGGAUGACCACACAACAUGUCAUCGCGGGUCUCCAAGUCUACUUCGAUAUGAUGGUUGUGAUAUCAACAUUUGCGCAUAAAAGCGUUUCCACCAACAUUUAUCGCAUAAUUAAUUUUACCCGCACAAAAAGAUCCCACCUUGUAUAGUGUAUUUUGUUUUGUCCACAUUUGGAAAGUUUAACGAAAGAUGUGCUUUUUCCACAACAUUUUUAGUAAUUUAGGCUACUUUACUCGCAUUAAAAGGCUGGAUGGAAACCUGGUUAGUGUCACACAUCGGCCCUAGUAUUUAUAGAAAGACCCAUCUGUAUGCGGGCUGUCAUGACCUGUGUCCCCUAGGAAAGAGGAAGUCUAAACUGAAGACCCUGAAGAUACGUCUGUUUGGGAGGACCAAGCGAGAGACCAAAUUCAGCCAGUCUGCUAGUGAUGUCACUGAGGCGGAGGGGCUGGGCUCAGCGGAGAAUCUGUGUUCAGGCGUUUUGGGAUCACGAGCGAUGUCACAUGACAGUAUCUUCCUGCCCGACCAGGAUCUGUCUAGUCCGGAGCAGCCCAGAGUUCUAUCCCAGGAGAACAUCCAAGGCAGGAUCAAAGAACUCCAGGACAAUGACCCAACACACCUCCAGGCUGUGUAAGGGCUAU